AUGGACUUAAGAAAAAUGUAUUCCUUUUUUUUUUAUAAAGAUUAUAUAUCAUGUUAUAUAAUUUUAUGUUUUAUUUUAGUUGUAAAUUAUUCAUUUGAAAUUUCUAUUAAGAAGAAUUAUAACACUAUUUUGUUUGAAAAUAUCAAGUUGAAUAAAACAAAUAAAUAUUAUAAAAACCUAGGUAUUUUUAUAAGAAAAAAUAAAUAUAAAAAACCCUUAGCUUCUGUUAGUUUAUCUAUAAGUAAGAAAUUAUCUAAUAAAAAAGGAGAAACAGAAAAGGAGAAAAAAUAUAACUUCACAGAGAUAAAUAAUAGCAAAGAUGAGAUAAAAUAUUUUGAAAACCAAAAAGAUGCAUUGAAAGAAAAAAAAAUUUACGAUGAGAAAAUAAAAAACCCAACUAAUUCAAACUCUACUUUUAAAAGUCUUGAACAAAAAAUUAAUAAAAAAAAUUAUAUAAGUAUUGAAAAUGAUAGUUCAAGGGAUAACAUUGAAAAUAAAAAUGAAAAUAGUAAAAUAACUAAUAAUUUUAGUAAUGUGAAGAAUUUAAAUAAUAAAUAUAUUGAAACAUUUAAAAGGAGAAUUUUUGAAAAUGAUUUAAUACAUAGUAUUGUUGAUAAAUUUUGGAAUAAUAAAAAAAAACAUGAUAAUAAUAAAGGCAAUAUGAGUCAUAGAAAUGAUAAUAAUAACGACAACAAUAAUAAUGACAGCAAUAAUAAUAAUAGUAAUGAUAAUAAUAAUAAUGAUAAUAAUAAUAAUGAUAAUCAUAAUCAUAAUAGUGACAAUGAUGUGUCUACAAAUGAAAAUAAAGAGGAUAAAAAUGAAGAUGAUAAAGAAACCAAUUUUCUUUUGAAAGCACUAGAAAGUGGCAAGUUUCCAAAUUUCUGUCUUGUUGAAAAUAUUGAUGAAAAAUUAGACAACUUUGAAAUAUAUAUGAAUAAGGAAAAAAUGGAAGAAUUAAAUAUAAGUGAUGGAUUUACUGUUCUAUUAAAAGGAAAGAAAAAGAAAGAAAUGCUAGGAAUAGCUCGAGUUGAUGAAAGUUUAAAAAAAAAUUUUGUUGUUAUAUCUUUUGCAAUGAAAAAAAAUCUACGAUUAAUGCCUAAUGACAUUAUAAAAAUCUAUCCAUAUAUAAAAGUACAAAAAAUAAAAAGUGUAUUAAUAAGUCCAUUUAGUGAUACUGUAGGAGAUCUAAGUAGAGAAGAAAUAGAGAAAGAAGUGAUAAAACCUUAUUUAAAAAAUAGUUAUAAACCGUUAUAUGUAAAUAGUAAUAUAUAUAUAAAUUAUAAAAAUAAUAAGUUGGAAUUUAAAAUAUUAAACAUAGCCACAGAAGAAAAUGAAAGUGAAGAAUGCGGUUGCAUCAAUGAAGGAUCUGAAGUGAAUUUAUCUGAAGAAUAUUUAGAUAGAGAAGAUUAUGAAGAAAAUAAUGAUGAUAUUACUUAUGAAGAUAUUGGUGGAAUGAAAAAACAAUUAAAUAAAAUUAGAGAAUUAAUUGAAUUGCCUUUAAAAUAUCCAGAAAUUUUUAUGAGUAUUGGUAUAUCAGCACCUAAAGGUGUAUUGAUGCACGGAAUACCCGGAACUGGAAAAACAUCAAUUGCAAAAGCUAUCGCUAAUGAAAGUAAUGCUUACUGCUAUAUUAUAAAUGGACCUGAAAUAAUGUCAAAACAUAUUGGAGAGUCAGAACAAAAACUAAGAAAAAUUUUCAAAAAAGCAAGUGAAAAAACUCCAUGUAUCAUAUUUAUUGAUGAAAUUGAUUCGAUUGCUAACAAAAGAAGUAAAAGUAAUAAUGAAUUAGAAAAAAGGGUUGUUUCUCAAUUAUUAACUUUAAUGGACGGUUUAAAGAAAAACAAUAAUGUUUUAGUUUUAGCUGCAACAAAUAGACCCAAUUCUAUUGAUCCAGCUCUGAGGAGAUUUGGUAGAUUCGAUAGAGAAAUUGAAAUUCCUGUUCCCGAUGAACAAGGGAGAUAUGAAAUUUUAUUGACGAAAACAAAAAAAAUGAAAUUAGAUUCGGAUGUCAAUUUAAGGAAAAUAGCAAAAGAAUGUCAUGGUUAUGUUGGUGCUGAUUUAGCUCAAUUAUGUUUUGAAGCAGCCAUUCAAUGCAUAAAAGAACAUAUACACUUUUUAGAUAUGGAGGAAGAAGAUUUUAUUGAAUUUAUGAAAAUUAGCGUCGAUCAAAAGCAAAAGGACGUUUCUAAUGACACAUAUAUUACUAAUCCUUCUGAAAGUAAAAAAUUAACUUACAGAAAUAUAUUUAGGUCUAAUAUAAAAGAGGAUGAUGAAAAAAAAAAAAAAAAGAGCAAUUUUUUUUUUAAAAAAGAUAAUGAAAAAGGAAUGAAUGAAAAAGAUAAAUAUGCAAAGAUUUCUCAUGAAAAAAUAGAUAAAAAAAUAAAAAAAAUACCAUCAUAUAUAUUAAACAAGUUAACUAUAAAAGCAAAACAUUUUCAGCAUGCAUUAAACAUAUGUAACCCAAGCUCUUUAAGAGAAAGACAAGUUCAAAUCCCAACAGUUACAUGGAAAGAUAUAGGUGGUAUGAAUGAAGUAAAAGAACAAUUAAAGGAAACCAUUUUAUAUCCCUUGGAAUAUAAGCAUUUAUAUAAUAAAUUUAAUUCAAAUUAUAAUAAAGGUAUUUUAUUAUAUGGCCCACCAGGUUGUGGAAAAACUUUAUUGGCUAAAGCUAUAGCAAAUGAAUGUAAGGCGAAUUUUAUUUCUGUUAAAGGACCUGAAUUGUUAACUAUGUGGUUUGGUGAAUCAGAAGCUAAUGUUAGAGAUUUAUUUGAUAAAGCAAGAGCAGCAUCUCCCUGUAUUAUUUUUUUUGAUGAAAUUGAUUCAUUAGCUAAAGAAAGAAAUAGUAAUAAUAACAAUGAUGCUAGUGACCGAGUUAUCAAUCAAAUUUUAACGGAGAUUGAUGGUAUUAAUGAAAAAAAGACUAUUUUUAUUAUUGCUGCUACUAAUAGGCCUGAUAUUUUAGAUAAGGCAUUAACAAGACCAGGGAGACUAGAUAAAUUAAUUUACAUUUCUUUACCUGAUUUAAAAAGUAGAUAUAGUAUUUUUAAGGCUAUUCUUAAAAAUACUCCUUUAAAUAAGGAUGUGGAUAUUUAUGAUAUGGCUAAAAGAACAGAAGGGUUUUCAGGUGCAGACAUAACCAACUUAUGUCAAAGUGCAGUAAACGAAGCUAUUAAAGAAACAAUUUAUUUAUUAAAGAUUAGAAAAAAAGAAAAAAAGAAAAAUGAAAAAAAUAAGACUAAUAAAAAUCAAGAAAACGAUUCAUAUGACCCUGUUCCUACACUUUCAAAAAAACAUUUUGAUUUAGCUUUUAAAAAUGCAAGGAUUUCUAUUCAGCCAGAAGAUGUAUUAAAAUAUGAGAAUUUUAAAAAAAAACUUACCUUACAAGAUUUUUCAUAG